CCCAACUCCAUUUUGACGCCAACCAACACCAGCCAACGCCAACGCCAUCCUAUCUCUGUCCAUACAGUACUCCGUACACACACAUACAUUUGUCCUUGGAUCCAUCCUCGGUCCAUCUCCACUCGACAUCUCAGUCUCUUGUUAGUCGCCGAGAAGAGGCCUUCCUUGUUCACUUCGGUCGCGUGCACCCUUCAUCACCACAGCACCGCAUAUACCAGUCCUCAUUGCCCAUUUGUUCCCAGCUCCGCAUAUCCUCCUCCUUUCAACUUUCUAACCAGUGUCCAAUUUUGUCUCCGACACAUCUGAAAGCCGCGUCGUAUGGCCGGCUCAAGAUCUCACAGUCGGAAUGCCUCCCAGACCCGUUCCACUAUCGGUGAUGGGGAUGAAUCCGUCCUCGGAGCAGUGCUCGACACGCGCCAACUCGAGGCAUUUGGCCGCAAGGUCACUGCGACUGCUUCUCACCUCAUCGGCGACAAUUCUCCCAAUGCCUACCCGUCAGCUAUGAGUACCCUUCAAAGGCAGAUGCGCCGUCCAGGACUUCAAAGAGCCGUCUUUUCCUUCUCCCAACAGGCCCCCUCAGAACUCGUCCGAUCCAAAUUAUCUACCAGCGAGAUCGCACACCGAGCACUCACCUACAUCUCCGACGAGCAACUCCACAAUAUUCCCGAAGACGACAACACCUAUUCUCUUUUUCAAGGCUUCCAAGCUUCUCUCCCCGAAGGCGAAAGUGAGCAUCGCAAGGGCCACCGUCGGCGGAGUUCCAAACAGCACCGCCUUCUUUCGGCUGGAGAUGUCGAGGAAGAUGGUCCGCCCACGUUGGCGAGUAUCAAGAAAAAACGCAAUAAUGCUAACCACAAACUCGAGAUGUUGGCAAUUCGCAAGAAUAUGGCUACCACCGAAAUCCGCGACAUCGAUCAUCGCAUAUUGAAUCUCCAAAACGCUCGCAAAAUAGUCCUUGAUCGACUCGCCGCUCUCGAGGUUGAAGAGGCCGAAAUGGAGCAUUCUCUCCUCGAGCUCGAUAACAAGGUCGAGGAAAUGCAGGAAGAGCUGGACGACCAGGGUGGCCUUGAACAAUCCACCGAUACUCUCAACCCACCACCUCGCACGUCCACUCCCGAAUCUCAGGCCAUGGAUGCCUCCUUCAUGUCGCAGUCCAUCUACGAAAAGCUCCCAUCAUCCGUGUCACCAAAAUCAAAACGCCGUCCGAAGUACACAAAAAGAAAAUCCAUGCCCGUUCUGCACGAGCAUCUUGAUCCAGGCUCGCAUAUCCGUACCAUCCCCGCCCAUAACGACACCAUCUCCGCUCUGGAUUUUGACCAGCCCUUUGGUAUCAUGGUCACUGCUGCUUUGGAUGACACUGUUCGUGUUUGGGAUCUCAACCUUGGUCGUUGCAUGGGAUUCCUCGAAGGACAUACUGCAAGCGUCCGAUGUUUACAGGUCGAAGACAAUAUCGUCGCCACUGGAUCCCUCGAUGCCACUAUUCGACUCUGGGAUCUAUCACGGGCCCAAUAUGAACCCUACGAUCACAAGAUUCCUAAUGGUAAUGACGAUGAAGAAGACGACGGCCUAGCCUUUGGAAACGACGAAGAUAUGCCUCCCCCACCUCCACCAGACGCGAUGCAAGACUGCCCCAUCUUCACCCUCGAAGCACAUGUCGACGAAGUAACAGCAUUACACAUCCGAGGCGAUACGUUGGUCUCAGGCAGUGCCGACAAGACUCUUAGACAGUGGGAUCUGGUGAAAGGACGGUGUGUACAAACCCUUGAUGUCCUCUGGGCAGCCGCCCAAGCAUCAAGUUCCAUCAAUGGCGUAGACGCACAAUGGCGACCAACAGGUCGAGCCCCAGACGCCAACGCCGAUUUUGUGGGUGCUGUCCAAUGUUUUGACGCUGCCCUCGCCUGUGGAACCGCAGACGGCAUGGUUCGAUUGUGGGACUUGAGAUCGGGACAAGUUCAUCGAAGCCUUGUUGGUCACACAGGGCCUGUGACAUGCCUCCAGUUUGACGAUACCCACCUCGUGACCGGGAGUGCGGAUCGAAGUAUUCGGAUCUGGGAUCUUCGCACUGGAACGAUUGCUGAUGCUUAUGCAUACGACAGCCCAAUCACAAGCAUGAUGUUCGAUGCCAGACAUAUUGUCUGUGCUGCUGGGGAGGAUGUGGUCAAAGUCUACGAUAAGGCCGAUGGACGACAAUGGGACUGUGGUGCCGCCGUCGCUCUAAGUGUGGAAGAUCAUAUGGCCGGCGCCACGACUAGCACAGUCGAAAAGGUCCGCCUUCGAGAUGGAUAUCUCGUGGAAGGAAGGAGAAAUGGUGAAGUGGGUAUCUGGACUUGUUGAUCAUUCCAUCUAAUCAACCAGCUAUAACAUAUGUAGGUGUAAUACCUCCUGUAUAACACCAAGCGCUCAAUGCAUUCCUUUUCUUCCACGACUGACUUGUG